AUGGCGUGUUUUCCAGCAGUGUAUUUUGAAGGGAUAAUAAGGAUUUGUUAUUCAAAUCAACCUGCUUUGAAUUGUUCCAUCAUCGCAUUGGCUUAUGUAACCCUCGCCCUCAAAGUGAUUUCAGUCCUAUGCAAUGUGUCAUUACUAAUAUCCGUUGGCACGAAAAACAUUAAUUUGGCUGUGGUCUGGCUGGUGUGGAACGUUUUUGAUUUUGCAUACUCUGUUUUAGUGACAAGUUUCCUGUUGUCCGUCUUCGAUGUGAUCUAUUUCGUGAUUGUGGUUCAUUCGUACAUACAGGCCCUCCGUGAAGAUCCAUUAGGGGCAAGCGCCGGUUUUCCUAGAGCAUACGUUUACCAGACUCAAACGGCUGGUUUACGAUAUGCUAGCCUAUGCGCACCACCACCCACGACUGCUGUGCCUUCACACAUCGGUGUAGGAUAUCCUCCCGCAUGCGCAGUAUCGGACGAGAAUACCAUGACGUCACAGGCUGGUUAUGUUUAUCCUCCUCCAUAUCCAGCUGUGACGUCAUAUACUGAUGUAAGAUACCCUCCUCAUCAUCCAAUGGCUGGUAAGAUUACUCUGUCGUCAUACUAUGACGCUGGUAAUCUUCCUUCACACGUAGCACAUGGCAGAACUACCAUGACAUCACAAGAUAGCCCAGAGCAUCCUCCUGCUUACACAGAUCCAGACACGACCGCUGUGAUGUCACAGUUCGGGAAUUCUUCUCAACACACAGUGCCCGCCGAGGCUAUUGUGACAUACCUAGGCUCUGAGUGACGUCAUGAUGAACUGUUAAUGACACAAGAGCUCACCGGUCACUGAGAUGCCUGAGGAAAGACUGGGCAUUAUAAACAUUCUAUACCAGUUAAUCUAAUUAAAAGUAAA